UCAUAUGGGGGCCCUGGGGGUGCUUUGGGAUGUUUCUAGGUUAUUUCGGGUUUCUGGAUGAGGGCUCUUGGUUUUCUGCAGAGCCAGGGUGAUCCCUGAAGACCUAGGGAUGCGAACUUGAGCUGCUGGGAUUCUGGCUUUUGGGGGUUCUAUAAGGUGCAGUUGAUAUUGGGGUCUAGAAAAAGCCUGAGAUCUUUUGUUCUAGAAUUUUGUUUGUUUGUUUUUGAGACAAGGCCUCAUGUAUCUCAGAUUGGUGUCCAGCUCCUGAUCCUCCUGUCUGUACCUCCUCACUGCUGGAAUGACAGAAAAGAGCCAGUGCUUGUCUUAUACUGAGCUGGAGAUGGGACGCAGGGCUUCCUGCACGUGAGGCGAGCACUCUGCCAGCUGAGCCACUUCCCCGGCUGGAGCCUGAACUGUUUGUUAUUUGUUUGUUUUAAGACAGUCUCGCUAUAUCUUAGGCUGUGAUUUUCAGUGAUUUUCCUGCAUCAUCCAAUGUUGGGAUUACAAGGGGCCACAGGAUGGGGGAAGGUGAGGAUCCAGGAAGCCUGAUUAAGGUGGUCCACUUGCUGGUCUUGUCUGGUGCCUGGGGCAUGCAGAUGUGGGUGACCUUUGCCUCAGGCUUCCUGCUUUUCCGGAGUCUUCCUCGGCAUACCUUCGGUCUAGUGCAGAGCAAGCUCUUCCCCGUCUACUUUCACAUCUCCUUGGGCUGUGCCCUCAUCAACCUCUGCAUCUUGGCUCCGCAGCGAGCCUGGAGCCACCUCUCACUCUGGGAGGCCAGUCAGCUCGCUCUACUGCUCAUGAGCCUCACACUGGCCACCCUCAACGCACGCUGGCUGGAGGCCCGCACCACGGCCGCCAUGUGGGCCCUGCAGACUGUGGAGAAAGAUCGAGGCCUGGGGGCCGAGGUGCCAGGCAGCCACCAGGGCCCCGACCCCUACCGCCAGCUGCGGGAGAAGGACCCCAAGUACGACGCUCUUCGCCGGAAGUUCUUCCACUACCAUGGCUUGUCUUCCCUCUGUAACCUGGGCUGCCUGCUGAGCAACGGACUCUGCCUUGCUGGCCUUGCUCUGGGGCUCCGGAGCCUCUAGCACAGGCCCUGUGUGCCAAUAAAUGCUUCUUUGGA